UCCCCGCAGGCUGCUGAAGGGGGACGUGAGGCACGCCGAGCCGCGGGGAUGCAGAGCAUCAAGUGCGUGGUGGUAGGCGACGGGGCGGUGGGGAAGACCUGCCUGCUCAUCUGCUACACCACCAACGCCUUCCCCAAGGAGUACAUCCCCACCGUCUUUGACAACUACAGUGCCCAGAACACGGUGGAUGGCAGGACUAUUAACUUAAACCUCUGGGACACGGCCGGCCAGGAGGAGUACGACCGCCUCCGGACGCUUUCCUACCCCCAGACCAAUGUCUUCAUCAUCUGCUUCUCCAUCGCCAGCCCACCCUCCUACGAGAACGUCAAGCACAAGUGGUACCCGGAGGUGUGCCACCACUGCCCCAGCGUGCCCAUCCUCCUCGUCGGCACCAAGAAGGAUCUGAGAAACAACCCUGAGACCAUGAAGCGGCUCAAGGAGCAGAACCAGGCGCCCAUAACCACCCAGCAAGGCAUCAGCCUCUCCAAGCAGAUCCGCGCUGUCAAGUAUCUGGAGUGCUCAGCACUCAACCAGGAGGGCAUCAAGGAUGUCUUCACCGAGGCGGUGAGGGCCGUGCUCAACCCCGUCCCGGCCAAGCCCAAGAAGCCCUGUGUCCUCUUGUGACCGGGCUGCCGGUGAUCAGCAAGAGACG